AUGUCUGUGCAGGAGUACAUCGACAAGCACGAUUUGAGCAAGAAGGUGGAGGAUGUCAUCAACGCGACUGUCAAGUCGAAGCCUGAUGAGCCAAUUUCCUUCAUGGCCGAGACCCUGCGGAAGCUCGCUCCUGCAGAGAUCACCAAGGUGAUCGGCCGCCAGAUCAUCGACUCUCGUGGCAAUCCCACUGUUGAGGCCGACGUCCACACGUACAAGGGCUGGUACCGCGCAGCCGUUCCCUCAGGCGCUUCCACUGGUAUCUACGAGGCCGUGGAGCUUCGUGAUGCCGACAAGGGAACGUACCUGGGCAAGGGAGUUCUCAAGGCUGUUGAGAACGUCAACAAGAUCAUUGGCCCUGCCCUGAAGGGAAUGAACCCGGUGGAUCAGACGGCGAUCGACAACAAGAUGAUGGAGCUUGAUGGCACUGACAACAAGGCCAAGCUGGGCGCCAACGCAAUCCUGGCCGUCUCUCUGGCCGUUGCCAAGGCGGGCGCGGCAGAGAAGGGCGUUCCCCUGUACCAGCACCUGGCUGACCUGGCGGGCAACAAGAAGCUGGUGCUGCCAGUCCCCUCCUUCAACAUCAUCAACGGAGGCUCCCACGCCGGCAACGCACUCGCCAUGCAGGAGUUCAUGAUCCUGCCGACUGGAGUGAAGACCUUCAGCGAGGCACUGCAGGCCGGUGCUGAGGUGUACCACAAUCUCAAGAGCAUCAUCAAGAAGAAGUACGGCCAGGACGCCUGCAAUGUUGGAGAUGAGGGCGGCUUCGCUCCCAACAUUGGCUCCAAUGAGGAGGGCCUCAACCUGGUCAACCAGGCCAUUGAGGCCGCUGGAUACACUGGCAAGGUGAAGAUUGGCAUGGACGUGGCUGCCUCGGAGUUCCUGACUAAGGACAACAAGUACGACCUGGACUUCAAGACCAAGGACAACGACGGCAGCCAGGUGCUCACCGGGGACGAGCUGAAGAACCUGUACACGAAGUUCACGCAGGACUUCCCCAUCGUGACCAUCGAGGACCCCUUCGACCAGGACGACUGGGACCACACCGCUGCCUUCACCGCAGAGGGCGUCUGCCAGGUGGUAGGCGAUGACCUGCUGGUGACUAAUCCCUCACGCGUAAAGACCGCCAUCGAGAAGAAGGCCUGCAAUGCCCUGCUGCUCAAGGUGAACCAGAUCGGCACGGUGACAGAAUCGAUCAUGGCAGUGAAGAUGGCCAAGGAGGCCGGCUGGGGAGUCAUGGCGUCCCACCGCUCUGGAGAGACCGAGGACUCCUUCAUUGCAGACCUCUCUGUCGGCCUCGCCACCGGCCAGAUCAAGACCGGCGCUCCCUGCAGGUCGGAGCGGUUGGCCAAGUACAACCAGCUGCUGAGGAUUGAGGAGGAGUUGGGAGAGAACGCCGUGUACGCCGGUGACAACUGGCGCCACAUUGGCUGGUAG